AGUAAGAAGCGCGGAGAAGAGAAAAUAAAUGGCAGACCAAGCAGAAGUAGAGAAGUUACUACUCAUAAGUGCUGCUGUGAUAUGAAAGAAAUCUGUUUAUCUUGAACUGGAUAAUGUACAGUCUGUUCUCAGAUUUUCCCGGGUUUUUUUUUGGACGGUUGAUAUCUGAACGAGCCAGUGGAGUUCCAGAAGCAUAACGGUCUCGCCGCCAUCUUUGUGACUCGGACUGAAGCCUGAGACGACGCAGAGGGACUGAUGCUACUGGAGCUGGAUAUUUUGCUUGGACAACAGAUAAGAUAAUUGAACAAAAAAAAGGGGGCCCCCAAAACUAUAUAUAUUUUUUUAUUCCACAAACUAUUUGUUCAUAAACAUUUUCAAACUUGACAAUUUAUGUGCACAUUGACUGAACUGUUAUAUUGAAGGACUAACUGAAAUAUGUGAUUUCUUUGUUGAAAUUAGCUUUAAAGCUACAGUUUACAAAAUCUACCCUAAUUUUUCUGAAUAUUAAUUAGAUUUUUUUGAUAAGGGUGGACAAUUUAAGUUUUAUACCUUAAUAAAACCUUAUUUUUUUUGUGGGGAAAAUAAGAUAAACCUAAGUUUAUUUAUUGCUAAUUAAAUUAAGUAGUGGUUACAGAGUGAUGACAUGUCUUUAUUGACCAAGAAAAAAUACUUUAUUUAAUUCAAAACACAAUUAAAAUGGGAAUAUUAAAUUACAGAGUUUACUAAAGAGUACAUCACCAGGAAAAGGUUGAUUUAUAGUUUAGCUACAUGUUUACUCUUCAAUAGAAUUUCAUUAUCUCACAACUGAAAAUAUGGAGACUUUGAACACAAAAGGUAAUAUCUCUAUGUGUGGUUGCUAAAAGACUGUAUUGACUCUUUUUAAAGUAACCGCAGUGUUUGGUUACUUUAAAAAGUAAUAACCACAGUAAAGCUUCAUGUAAGACAGUUUCACAAAUGAUCUUUUUCUUAUUGCACAAAAUAUUUUUUUUUUUUUUACAAAUUCUGAACAAGCAGCUUGUGUUUGUGGUGGCAAAGAAAGGAAAUUAUUGGCCAGAACAGGAAAUGUUAGAAACAUAGUUUCCUCAAAAGAAGGAGCCACAAGUGCGGAUGUUGUUUGGUUCUUUUUUCCCACUCAAUCCGCUACUUUCAGCCUUUCUCUUGUGACAAACAUCCGAAUUUCUGGGGCGCACAGAGAAGAAACAUUUUAUUUCUGGAUUUAAACAUGGACCACACGUUGCUCUGUGUGCUGGGCGAGUUGUGUAAGUACAUUCCAUUUUCUGUUUGAAUCGUGUUGGUAAAAUCAUCUUUAAAUGUUUGGACGUUAAUCGCCGUGGUCAACAGAGAAGCGAAACGUUGGUUGGUUGGUUGCCUGGUUGGCUGCAGACUGUUUCAACAGAUGCAAUUUGUAUUUAAUACCUUCACAGUUUGGGCCUGAUUAUAAAUUCCUUCAUAAUAAGUGUCUGAACAGAAUUUUAGACUUUCAGCAUAUUUAACGUAUAGAAAGCCAAGUCAGUACUUUUAGAAUAAUCAAUGUUUCUGAAGACUGAAAGGAUUUUUGUAGGUUUUAUACCAUUUGCGUUUGCCAAAAAAUAAAACCAAAAAAACCAUUUGAAAUGACCAAAACUCUUUGCUCAGUCUUCAAUCAGAUACAAGAUGCUUAUCAUUUGAAUGAAUUUACUUUUUUAAUGAGUCUGAUUUCUCUGCCAUCUUGGCUGCAGGUUGACGUGAGGAAAUGAGAACAAACUGUCAACGACAUUUUUGACGUCUUCAUCAGAGGAGCUGUAAUCUGAAUGUUCAUCUAUAACUUGUAGCUCUGAGACUUGGUCUCCCAAAAUAGCUUCUGCACAACAAACCUUAUUGUGCAACAUAAAUUAUAAAGGCACCUUAUUAGAUACCUUUAUAAUUCAUGGAGGACAGGGAGUAUCGCAGAACUUCGUGAGCGUCCCCUAUUUCUGUAAAUAAACAUUAUGAAGCUCUUAAGACACAACGGUCAUAUAUUGGUCAACCAGGGUGUUAAGAAAAGCCAACCAUGCAAUGUCGUAAACUAACAUGGUUGGUGUGUGUGUGUGUGUGUGUGUGUGUGUGCGUGCGUGCGUUUAACUCACAAUAACUGAUUACUCUAGUGCACUUUUAUUCUUCCACUGAUUCCAGAUGAAUCACUGAACAUUCAAAGACCAGCAGGUUUUCGUCUCUGGCAGAAACAUAAUGAGAUUCCUUAAACGCUCCGUUUCACCCACACUGCUGGAUCUGAAAUACAUUUAACAACAUAAAGUUAAGUGUAUCUUAACCUUAUGACAUACCCUUCACAAGGUUGAAAUACCUUACGAAAGGUGUUUCAUAAGGUUUUAUGAAAUACUUCUGCAAAUGCAAUACCUUCUGCAGAAUAUUUUGCCGAUGAAUGCAAUUCAUUUUAUGACAUGCUUCUUAACAGUGACUUUGUUGGUUUCACAUCUAACAAAAUUUCAAUCUGUGUUUUAGUUCUCAGUUUUCUCCUCUGCUGUGGAAAGCCUCCAGUCAGGAGAUCUGGAGAUAAGAAUCUGCAGUCAACGGCUCCAAAGCCAGUCCUGACUGUGUCUCCAUCAUGGCCGAGUCCUGGAACCUCAGUGACUCUGAACUGUGAGAUUAAACCUUCAUCUGCAGGAUGGAGGUUCUACUGGUACAAAGUUGUUCCUGAUUUAUCAAAGAAAAACUACAGAUACGAGGUGCUGCCUGAUGCCAUCAAUGGGCCUGCAAAUAACUCCAUCAUCAUUCGUGGUCAGAAACACACAGCAGGAUUUGCAUGUAGAGCUGAAAGUGGAAUCCCUGAGAAUUUGACUGAUUACAGUGAACCAAAGUUCGUCUGGUCUGCAGAUUCUCAUCCAGCAGCGUCUCUCACAGUGAGUCCUGAGAGAGAGCAACUUUUUACUAUUGAUGAAAUUAAAGUGAAUUGUAAAGGACGCUCUGCUGACUGGAGAGUGAAGAGACUUACAGACCAGUACUACCAGUCAGAUCUGUCGGACUGCUCCAACUGGGGAACAAUGACCGGAUCCACGUGUACCUUCAUCAGUCCCCAGUAUCACAGAGCAGUUUACUGGUGUGAGUCUGGAUCUGGAGAGUUCAGCAACGCAGUCAACAUCACUGUAAAUACAUUAGAGUCCAUCCUGACUGUGUCUCCAUCAUGGCCGAGUCCUGGAGCCUCAGUGACUCUGAGCUGUGAGGUUAAACCUUCAUCUACAGGAUGGAGGUUCUACUGGUACAAAGUUGUUCCUGAUUUAUCACAGAACAACUACAGAUAUGAGCUGCUGCCUGGUAGCAUCAAUGGGACUGUAGAGAACUCCUUCAUCAUUACUGGACAGAAACACACAGCAGGAUUUGCAUGUAGAGCUGGAAGAGGAAACCCAGAGAUCUUCAGUGAUUACAGUGAACCAAAUUUUAUCUGGUCUGCAGAUUCCCAUCCAGCAGCGUCUCUCUCAGUGAGUCCUGACAGAGAGCAACACUUCACCACUGAGUCUCUGACUCUGAACUGUGGAGGAAACUCUACUGAGUGGAGAGUGAAGGAGUUUAGAGGAUUAAGUUUAUCAUCAUUCCCUGGAGUUUGCUCCAGGCCAUCAAGGCCUGGAUUCUCAUGUACCUUCAGCAAACAACAGUCCGAUAAAUCAGUGUACUGGUGUGAGUCUGGAUCAGGAGAGUUCAGCAACGCAGUCAACAUCACUUUUGCGUACAGAGGUCUUCUCCUGGUGAGCCCCGUCCAUCCUGUGACUGAAGGAGCUUCUGUCACUCUGAGCUGCAGAAUGAGAGGAGAAAACAAACUUUCUAAUGUGUUUUUCUAUCAUAAUGACAAACUGAUCCAAAAUGACAGCAGAGGAGAGCUGAAGAUCUCUGCAGUGUCUCAGUCAGAUGAAGGUUUCUACAAGUGUAAAUACUCAGGAAGGGUUUCACCUCAGAGCUGGAUGGCUGUUAAAGCUGCUAAACCUGCAUUGACAGCCGGAAGCUCUUCAUUUCCUGUGAUGUUGGUUGUUGGACCAGUGAUUGGAGUCGUUCUCCUAAUUCUCUUGUUGCUGCUGUGUCGGUUCAGACAGACCAAAGGUUCUGGAAGAGUGGAGACUGUCUACCAGGAUGAUCAGCAGCAGCCAGUUUACUCCUCUCUGCUGCAGGGAGACCUUUGCGUCUACGAAACAAUCAGACAGCCUGGAAACUGCGUAAAUGUUUCAGGUCAAGAACAAUCGGAUUAUGCUAACGUGGGCGGCAGGUCAAAUUCGGCCUGAAGAUUUUUGUCAAGAGGAAUGAAUCGACAAAAUCUGGACGUGAUCAGUGUGAACAGUUUCUAUAAAUCAGACGUGUUUUUUUUAUAUAUAAUUGUGUUGAAGUUAAAUUCAGAGAAAUCUGGAGCUUUGAUGCGUCUUGAAAAACUGUCCAUGCAUGCAUUUUCUCCUUAAAAUGUUUUCUGCAGAGAGGAUUGGGUUUAGAUGAAAUGUAAUUUUUGUUUUACAUAUUUUUUAGAUUACCACAAGAAAGAUGAUGUAUAAAAAUGCUUUAUCAAAACAUCCCGCAUAACUUUUUAAAAAAAUAAUUUUUGAAGUUAGAAUUUUGAGGAAUGGCUACUAUUCUUGUUAAAUAAACAUUUUGUUCUUGUUGAUAAUUCAUGAAUUGUUUGAAAAAUGAGCCUCUAGACCUUCUAGAAUGUCAAACUAGAUCUACAAGCAGUUACCAUGGUUCCCCCCCUCAACCCACCAGGUUCCAAAAUUAUGGGCAAUUGAAAUUUGCAGCUACAUACGUCCAUAGCGUUGCCUAAUUAGCUUUUAAUUAUGUCGUGAUCGGGAAAAGAAAUCAAAAAUCCUCCACUUUAACUUUUUUGUUUCUUCUUAGCUUAUAUUAUGCCAAGUUUUAUUGGGCUCAGUGUUGAUCUCAUUUAUUAUUGCCGUCUUAAUGGGAAAAAAAAAAUAAAAAUCACCAAAACGUUUUUACACAUUGCUCUGUUGGAACUUUGCCCAUAUCAGUUUUGUUAAUUUUCUCAUUAUAAGGACAAGUGUGUAUUUUCUACCAUAGCGCCACCUACAGGUGAAAAUGUCUGAAUACAUCCGAGUAGCGGUGUGUUGUAAUAAGUUGCGGCGGGCUGCAGUUUGAGUUCCAGGGGAGAAGAACGGAUAAUAAGAAUAAUGGAAAAACAGAGUAAAAACCAGAAAAAACAAUCUUUGAACAUCUCAUCAUGUUUCUAUAAAUACAUUUUUCAGAUUCUGUCUUCCUCACAUCUGUAAAACACAAAAAAAUAUUUUUACAAUGCAUUUAAUUUUCAUGUGUAUUUUGGGUUUUUUUUUUAUGCAUUGUGUUUGUUCGGUCGACCCGGUCAGGGAACAGAGUUUUUGGAUCCGACCCAAAUCACACAGGCAGCCAAACUGAAACUAAUGAGUACAGCUCUCCUGUACAUGGUCAGUAUUAAAUAUAUCUGUAUUAUUGGUUGAUAACACUUUUACAACAUUAUGAAAUUAUUAGUUUCAGCAACAAUUUUAACUUUUGUUUAGCUUUCAGUGACUGAAUUAUGAAAGAAAUACUAAGCUUGAUUUUAUUUGUAUUUAAUUUUCAACUUUUAAAUUCUAAUAAAUAAAAGAAACUGGAAUAAAUUGAAUUGC